CGGGUGGUCUUAUGUAUCAGAAAGAUUUUAAUGAAGGGUUAGCACAUUUAACUGCUAAUGAAUAUUUGGUCUUAGCCGGUACUUUUCACGGCGUACACGCUAUUACAUCCAAAAUUUCCCCGGUCAGAAAUUCAACAUCUUCCGGAUUAGAAGUUUUGGAAGCAGAUUCUUUUAAAUUGUAUUGCUUUCAAACGUUAACAGGAACAAAAUUUCUGAUUCUUGCCGAUCCAACACAUGCAAAUAUUGAUCUUGUACUUCGACGUACUUACGAUGUUUAUAGUGACUAUGUUAUGAAAAAUCCUUUUUAUACACCAGAAAUGCCAAUUCGUAGUGAAUUAUUUGAUAUAAAUAUAGUCAAAUUGAUUAAACAGUUACCAGCAUGUUAA